GGGAGACUGAAGGAAAUGAGACAACCUUUUCCUCCCACGGACUCAGUCUCCUUUAGAGUGUGCAGGGCUCGGGAAGUCCUGAGGCCAAGUUCACGCUUCCCCUGCUCAGCCCUGACCAGGAGGACCGCCCCAAAUUUGUUCUCCGGUGCACGGGUGCCCCAGUCACAGGGCACAGCCCCACUUUGCUGCACCCCUCCCUGGGUGAUCUGAUCCACUCCAGGCCCCCAGCUCGGGCCCCGGAAGUGUGCGCCUGCGAUCCCAGAGAAGGAGAAGAGAGGGAGGGAGCCACACUCAUCCAGAAGUGUCCAGCUCUCCUCCCGAUGACAUAUGAGGCUGCCCCUCAGCCCCAGCCAGAGGCCGCGGAGCCCUUGGAGAUGGCUUUGCUCAGCAGUGUCCUGGCAGCCUGUUCCUAUAUCUCAGAAAACCCUGAGAGAGCUGCUCUGUACUUCGUCUCUGGUGUGUGCAUCGGACUGUUCCUGACCUUGGCCGCCUUAGUAAUGAGGAUCUCCUGCCACACUGACUGCAGGAGGGGUCCCCGGAGGAGGUGCUUGCAGGACCACGAGAGCAGCAGCGACAGUAGUGACAGUGAAGAUGGCAGCGAGGACACAGCCUCGGACCUGUCCGUGCGCAGACACCGCCGCUUCGAGAGGACUUUGAACAAGAAUGUGUUCACCUCUGCAGAGGAGCUGGAGCGCGCACAGAGGUUGGAGGAGCGCGAGCGCAUCAUCAGGGAAAUCUGGAUGAACGGGCAGCCUGAGGUGCCCGGCACCCGGAGCCUAAACCGCUACUACUAAGGCACAGUUUGGACCCCAGAACUUCUGCAGGCCUCCAGGAAUAGAGAGUGGGUUCUGUAGGCAGGGACGGUGUGCACAACGGAAGCCCCUAUGCUAAUGUGUCCGGAGAGAAAGAAGCACAGGGCCAGCCUGCUUUCCCAAUGGCAGGACGGUUUGCUUUAGACUCUUACCUCUGGAGAAAUAGACAACCCGAGCAGCGGCAUCAGCCUUUCCAGGUCUUGACACCCACGUGGGCACACUGGCCCAACCUUUCCAGGUCUUAGAAUGGUGCUGAGAUUUCCUCUCCAGCCAUGUGACAGUGAUGUGACAGGCUGAAAGAAUGGAUGGUCCUUACUUUCUGAGGCGCUCAGAAGUUUGUGCAGACUUACCACUGUGUUACUCCUUUACAAAAGGAAAAGUUCUCAUAGCUGGAGAGCUGGGGGUAUCAGGGUGAACUUAACCCAGAAAAUUCAAUUUUCUAAAGGAUUCCAUGCAGUGGAAGUCUUUUUAAUUGAGAUAGCAUGAUCUAUGCUAAUUAUUUAAAGCUAAUUUUUAAAACGAAAAAUUUCUUGGCAACCUCUGCAUUUUAACUGACACCUCAGGGAUUAAAAUCCUAUUUUUUAGUCUAAUUCCCACCUCAUUCAUGGAAAUGAAUAGAAUUCACUGUAUUGUGAGAUGUAUUGGUGACUUAGGAUACAUACAUCAUUAACCUCAAAGGAUAAAGGGUUUUAUUUUUUAGUAGUUUAUAAAUAUAUAUUGACAUGUAUAUUUAAAAAUGCUGCAUAAAAAUAGAAGCCCUGUGUCCUUCCAUUUUGGAGAGAAGAAAAAUCUCUCGUGACUUCAGAGACUUGUGAUAUUUAAAUAAUAUUUUGUUUAAAAAAACUAGUUGGAAUUUCCAAGAAAAGAAUGGAAACCAGAGGUGAGGAUUAAAGCCAAAAUUAAAAAGGUAUCUAAAAUAAACAUUCCAUGAAAAUCUC